GGGCGGGGGUUGUUCCCACUGCUGUGUCAGGGUGCGGGAGAGGCGGAGUGAUGGCCGGCGCGGCGAGCACUUACCGGCUCCGCUGCUCCUUGGCGGGGCAUGAGCUGGACGUGCGGGGACUGAGCGGCUGCCUUUUCCCGACCGGGUCGUUCGUGUCGGUCUCCCGGGACCGGACUGCGCGGCUCUGGGGGCCGGACAGUCCCAACAGAGGGUUUACUGAAAUUCACUGCAUGAGUGGCCACUCCAACUUUGUUUCUUGUGUGUGUGUCAUCCCUCCAAGUGAUCUCUAUCCCCGUGGAUUAAUUGCUACUGGUGGCAAUGACAACAACAUUUGCAUCUUCACUUUAGACAACUCUGCACCACUGUAUGUCCUUAAAGGUCAUAAAGACACAGUUUGUAGCCUUUCCUCUGGAAAGUUUGGAACAUUGCUUAGUGGCUCAUGGGAUACAACAGCCAAAGUUUGGUUGAAUGACAAAUGCAUGAUGACAUUAGAGGGCCACAAUGCUGCUGUCUGGGCAGUGAAGAUUUUACCAGAACAAGGAUUAAUGCUGACUGGUUCGGCUGAUAAAACCAUUAAACUAUGGAAAGCAGGUAGAUGUGAGAGAACAUUUACUGGGCAUGAAGAUUGUGUAAGAGGCUUAGCUAUUCUAAGUGAAACAGAGUUUCUUUCUUGUGCAAAUGAUGCCAGUGUUCGUAGGUGGCAGAUAUCUGGCGAGUGUCUUCAGGUUUAUUAUGGACACACGAAUUAUAUAUAUUGCAUAUCUGUAUUUCCACAAAGCAAAGAUUUUGUUACCACUGGUGAAGACAGAACACUCAGAAUCUGGAGAAAAGGGGAAUGUACACAGACAAUCAGGCUUCCAGCUCAGUCUAUUUGGUGCUGCUGUGUCUUGGACAAUGGAGACAUUGUUGUUGGAGCAAGUGAUGGCAUUAUCAGAGUGUUUACAGAGUCUUUGGAGCGCACAGCAAGUUUGGAGGAGAUCCAAGCUUUUGAAAAGGAGCUUUCCGAAGCAACAAUUGAUCCUAAAACUGGUGAUUUAGGAGAUAUCAAUGCCGAAGAACUUCCUGGUAGAGAGCAUUUGGACGAACCCGGUACUAGAGAAGGGCAAACAAGGCUUAUUAAAGAUGGUGGCAAGGUUGAAGCUUACCAGUGGAGUGUCAGUGAAGGCAGAUGGAUGAAAAUUGGGGAUGUUGUUGGUUCAUCUGGAGCCACACAGAAGACAUCUGGAAAAGUUUUGUUUGAAGGACGGGAAUACGACUAUGUUUUCAGCAUUGAUGUGAAUGAGAGUGGACCUUCCUAUAAGCUGCCGUACAACAUCAGUGAUGAUCCAUGGCUGACUGCAUAUAAUUUCCUUCAAAAGAAUGAUCUAAAUCCUAUGUUCCUGGAUCAGGUGGCCAAAUUCAUAAUAGAUAACACCAAAGGGCAAACUCUUGGACCUGCAAACUCUGACUUUUCAGAUCCUUUCACAGGUGGUGGGCGCUAUGUGCCAGGAGGUUCCUUGGAGUCCACCGAAGGACUUGCAGCAGAUCCGUUUACAGGUAUUGUUUCGAUAUUUCGGAACAUGUUGUGUUGUUAUAUAGGUAAACUGAAAGAACUUAAUGGAAGUGCACCUGAAGAACAGCGGUUGACAGAAGAUGAAUUAGAUCUUCUAGAAAAUAUGCUGUCUGUCAUAUGCAAUACCUCUAUGGAAGCGCCCACAGCACAGCAGCUGCAAACCUUGUGGAAAGCAAUUAACUGGCCAAAUGACAUUGUUUUUCCAGCCCUCGAUAUCCUUCGGUUAUCGGUCAAGCAUCCCAGUGUGAAUGAAAGCUUUUGCAGUGAAAAGGAUGGCAUCCAGUUCUGCAGCCACCUUCUUGACUUUCUGAACCCCGGUGGAAAACAAGCCAACCAGAUGCUGGCCCUUAGAAUUUUCUGCAAUUGUUUUCUCCACCCAGUUGGUCAAAAGCUGAUGAUAUCGCAGGGGGACACAAUCAUGUCACAAGCAAUAGAACUGAAGUCGAGUAGCAAUAAGAACAUUCACAUUGCACUGGCCACCUUGGCGCUGAACUAUGCCGUUUGUUUACAUAAAAUGAGUAACCUUGAGGGGAAAGCUCAGUGCUUGUCAGUGAUCAGCACAGUCAUGGAAGUUGUGCAAGACCUCGAAGCUGUUUUUAGGCUGCUGGUGGCUCUCGGGACACUGAUUAGUGGGGAUUCAAAUGCUCUGCAGUUAGCUAAGUCUCUAGGGGUUGAUUCUCAAAUUAAGAAAUACUCCUCUGUAUCAGAACCAGCUAAAGUAAAUGAAUGCUGUAGGUUUGUCCUGAACUUACUCUAACUCUUUUUUUUAAGGGCACUUGGGAGUUUAGGACUACACUGAAGAUAAACUUUUUCAUAUUUUACAAUAAUUAAAUACUGUGAGUUUAAAUCUGGAUAUUAAGUGAAACAAUCGAAAUAAAAUCUUUUUGCACUGAUCUGGUA